AUGGCAAUUUCAGAACAGCUCCAAGACAACACAGCAAUCACAAUCCUCCUCCUCGGAGACCCAGGAUGCGGCAAAUCGACAUUCCUUUCCUCCCUAAAAACCCCCCUCGCCAGACCCUCAAACACAAAUACUCCGUUCCCAGUGUCAACCACAAAACCAGAAAUCCUCCGCGACACAGACCAACCCUUCCUCUACGACAUCCGGUUCUCGCGCAAGUCAUUCACACUUGAGUUCUUCGACACCGCGAGCCCGAAUCAGCACUGGACGAUGGUACGGCCGGAUGUUGUGGUUCUUGCGUUUGAUAUUUCGGAUCGUCGGAGUUUGGAGGGGUUACGGGAAUGGCGCAACGAAAUAACACUACACUUCCAACACGGUUACGGCGAGAAAAUCCCCGUUAUGAUGCUAGGUCUCAAGCGGGAUUUGCGAGUUGAGGGUGAGGGUGUUAUUUAUCCGCAGGAGACAUAUCGCAUUGCGCAAGAACUGCGCUGUGAUCGGUAUGCGGAGUGUUCGGCUGUUACGGGGGAGUUGCUUGCGGAGACCUUUGAGGAUAUUUCGAGGAUGGGGGCUAUGGCAAAGGCGGGGAAGAGCGGGGAGGGUGUUGGGGGGUGUACUAUCUUGUAA